CAACUCGUAGUCCGUCGUUUUGUUUUCAGCAAAGUGACUAUAAACACUCUGGUUUUCAGCAGAUAUAAAGCUUAGAACUCCUGGUCCUUUAUCUUUUAUAAAUGUUGAGAACCAUGAACCAAAAUAUUGCCGACCAGAGAGAUGAUCUCAAAGCCUUCGAAAGGCGGAUAAUGGAAUGCAUAACUCACAUGCAGCCAUCCACUUCCAGAUGGAGAAUGGUUCUUGUGAUUAUCUCAGUUUGCACAGCUAUUGGUGCCUGGCUAUGGCUUGUUGAUCCUAAUACAUCGAGGGAACCUUUUUUGCAUUCACUGUGGCAGCAUCCAUUCUUUACUCUCAGCUCAGCAGUGUUAAUUCUUCUCUUCUUUGCGGGGAUACAUAAAAGAGUUGUGGCACCGUCAAUAAUUGCUGGUCGAUUGCAAACGGUAUUGGAUGAUUUCAACAUGUCAUGUGAUGAAACCGGCAGACUCAUCUUAAGACCAAGAACGGAGAGUUGACAUCAGAUUUAGCCAAUGGCUAUUGUUUUAAUGAUUGGACUGUUUUGUCUAUAUUAUGUUGUAGGCAUAGCCUGGUAGUGUGGAAGGUUCCAUUACAUUUGAACCCACGUACAUUUGCACCCAUGGAAAAUUUUUUUACGGAUAUUUGAACCGAUACUAACCCUAACCCAUGGAUUUUAGCACCCUCAUAUAGAUUGAACCCUCGAAUAUACGGGUGCAAAUGUAUGGGUUCAAAUGUACGGUCACCAGUGUGAAAAACUGCAGGCUACGUGUGAAACAGUGAACUGCCCUUACUUUCUAUAGUUCUCUGGCUUAUAUUAGUUAGGUAUUCCUAUACCCACAAAUGCCAUUACCUAACAUUGGUUCCAUCUAUUCAAUAUCACAUCACCUUGAAGAGCAAAGGAUGGUUUUAAAGUAACCAACCCCCAAGGUUUUCAGGGGCGUGGCCAGCUCUUAAAUGCUUGCUUUUUAUUUAAUGAUCUACUCACAAUGCUUUGAAUGUGGA